GGAGGAGGAGGAGGAGGAGGAAGCGGAGGCGGAGGCGUCGCUGGCCGCGGCGCUGCCUUUUGAACUGCGGGGGACGGGGACGGGCACGGCAGGUUAUGGGUGCUACAUGUGUGCUUUCAGAGCACUAGUGUGAGGAGCUUGACGUGGGAUGGCAGGACGGCCUCAUCCCUAUGACAGUAACUCCAGUGAUCCAGAGAACUGGGAUCGGAAGUUGCAUAGUAGACCUCGUAAACUUUAUAAGCAUUCAAGUACUCCCUCGCGUGUGGCAAAAGGAGGAGUUGACCACACCAAAAUGAGCCUACAUGGUGCUAGUGGGGGACAUGAGCGCUCUCGAGACAGACGAAGGUCAAGUGACAGAUCACGGGAUUCAUCUCAUGAGAGAGCAGAGUCUCAGCUCACUCCUUGCAUUAGAAACGUGACUUCUCCAACACGACAGCACCAUGCUGAACGAGAAAAAGAUCAUAGUUCCUCUCGUCCAAGCAGUCCUCGUCCUCAAAAACCCUCCCCAAAUGGUUCCAUGAGCAGUGCUGGGAACAGCAGCAGAAACAGUAGUCAGUCAAGUUCAGACGGUAGCUGUAAGGCCUCUGGAGAGAUGGUCUUUGUAUAUGAAAAUGCAAAAGAAGGCGCUCGGAGUGUGAGAACAUCAGAACGAGUGACCCUGAUUGUGGAUAACACAAGAUUUGUUGUAGACCCGUCCAUUUUUACUGCGCAGCCAAAUACAAUGUUGGGCAGGAUGUUUGGAUCUGGCCGAGAACACAAUUUCACUCGUCCCAAUGAGAAGGGAGAAUAUGAGGUGGCAGAGGGAAUUGGUUCCACUGUAUUUCGAGCUAUUCUGGAUUACUAUAAGACAGGGAUAAUCCGCUGUCCUGAUGGCAUAUCUAUUCCUGAGCUGAGAGAAGCAUGCGAUUACCUUUGUAUCUCCUUUGAAUACAGUACAAUUAAGUGUCGAGAUCUCAGUGCCCUGAUGCAUGAGCUUUCAAAUGAUGGUGCUCGUAGACAGUUUGAAUUUUAUCUGGAAGAAAUGAUCCUUCCUCUCAUGGUAGCCAGUGCCCAGAGUGGGGAACGCGAAUGCCAUAUAGUGGUGCUUACAGAUGACGAUGUCGUGGAUUGGGAUGAGGAGUACCCACCCCAGAUGGGAGAAGAGUACUCACAAAUUAUUUAUAGCACAAAAUUAUAUAGAUUUUUCAAGUACAUUGAGAACAGAGAUGUGGCCAAAUCAGUUUUGAAGGAGAGAGGUCUUAAGAAGAUUAGAUUGGGAAUAGAAGGUUAUCCUACCUACAAAGAAAAAGUAAAGAAAAGGCCAGGGGGCCGCCCAGAAGUCAUUUACAACUAUGUCCAAAGGCCUUUUAUUCGAAUGUCCUGGGAGAAGGAGGAAGGGAAGAGCCGGCAUGUAGACUUUCAGUGUGUAAAGAGUAAGUCAAUCACGAACCUGGCGGCAGCUGCUGCAGACAUUCCCCAGGACCAGCUGGUAGUCAUGCUCCCGACUCCGCAAGUGGACGAGCUGGACAUCCUCCCCAUCCACCCCCCUGCCGGCAACAGCGACCUCGAUCCUGAUGCACAGAAUCCGAUGCUGUGAUGUGGAUGUACUGGAAACCAUAGCAUGCUACUCUUCACAGUGACGUUGUACUCCCCGUUCUGCACUGCAAGGCCACCUUUUUCAUUGUGAGAUGCACACGUUUAGGAUAAUGCAGUGUAGGCUCUUUUAAAAGACCAACAGGUAGCUGGAUGGUUUUUUAAUGAGUACAGCUUCAGCAUUUGGAAGAAGUUCCAGUUCUAUAAAUGUAUUUGUUUACCAGUAGGUUUGUGGAAUCGGUUCUUUGUUUGGGGGACAGCCCUGUUCACACAUCUGAGUCCUGAAGAAGUGGUGGGAGUGGGCAGCUGGGGUCCUUUCAACGUAGAAUGAGAUGCAUCACACCCCAGAUAAAAUGCAGAAUAUUACAUAGUUGCACUUUAUAAAUGUGGUUAAAUGGAACUGUACAAGCCAUUUGAGUUGUGAUGCACAGUGUAACUUAAACAAGUGCUUCUAUCAAAGUAUUCUUUCAGUAAAAUGUGUAUAGUUUUCCCAUGAUGAACAAAAAAGUAUUUAUCUUGGGUUUGUUUGAAUGACUAGGGUGCGAUUGAUGCUCAUAACUUAUCAGUUCAUUUUCUGCAGCGCUGCCUCACCCUUUUAGAGUGAGUCACAUGCAGGGAGUGUGAACGCCAGGGGUGGUUUAUCAUCCAGUCUGCCUUACCCUUAAUCUCUGCACAGAUAUUUAUUUACUAAUGAUUUUUUUUUCUUAAGAGUUAUGGGAUUGGAAAAUGAAGUGUUUGCUCUUCAUUUACUAAAUGAUUGUACACUCAAGUUUUUCAUCAAAAUAAAACUCCAUUGUUUUAAUGUUUCUGA